AUGUUUGCGCUACUGAUUUUGUCUCUGCUUUCCACUGCCUUCGCUGGUGUAAUCGUCGAUUCAAAAUGUCCGGAAAUCAAAUCAAUGGACAACUUCAGUUUUUCCAAGUACGGAGAGAGUGAAUGGUUUGAAGCGGCGAGGUACCCCAACGACAACGAGAAGGAUUCCAAAUGUCUUCGUAGCAUCUACUCUUUCAAGGGCGACUAUGCUGAGGUAAAGGCUUUCUUAGUAAGAGACGGCAAAGAAUACGAAUUAGACGGUACCAUUAAACAAGCAGACAAUGGUGGAAAACUUAUAUCUAACCUACACUAUGACAAAAUGAAAAUCGAAAAUAUCGUUUACGUUUUGGACAGCGAUUUCGAAAACUAUUCCAUAGCCUACAGCUGCAAAUAUGAUGAAGAAAAGAAAUCACGUCAAGAUUUCGUUUGGGUCAACGCUCGUAGCUUACCCAUGAGUUCUGACAUCAAAGCUAAAGUUGAGAACUUCAUGAAAGCUUCCUCAUUCCUGGACUAUGACAAAUUGAUUUGGCCUGAAGACAACUGCAGCGUUCUCCGAUAA